CGAAGGGCAGUUGGUGCCGUUUAUCUGGCCUACCACGCCAUCAGCCGUCAUUUUAAAGGUGCCUGCCAGGUGAUGAGUUGAGCGAACUGAUAAAUUAACUUCAUUGCCCAAACAACAUUUUCGACAAAGCGGAAAUCCUCGCAGAAAUAAAGUGCUUCGCUGAAAUCACCCUCGCCAGGGAGUGUUCCUUGGAAGCCAGAAGAAAUCAAAACCAAAUCCAGAUAUCUCCUGGAUUCUCAGGUUGAGGUCAAAACCAAAUGUUAUCACCCACUUCAAAGUGUUUUGAAAUUUGGAAUCCACCAGAUGGAGUGCGACCCUCAUUCUGACAUCGCCGCUGGAAAAAAAUGGUCUGUCUCAGCAGGCCGUUGUAGCGGAUGACAGAGCUGCGGAAGUUCACAGUCUGAGUAGUAGGGCAACCGUUACUGAGUUCCAGGCGGUCCUGCGGUUUACACCCCUGCUGCUCAGCUGGUUCUCCGACACAGAGGCAAUAGUGGAGCAGUUAGCCUGCCUCAGGAUGCUGGUGGCCCUGUCCUCUCACAGAGAGACACAUCCAGACCUCAUCCGCAGCCUGCCUUCUUACUGCAGCCUGCUCCAAACACAACCCCUGGGCUCCAGGCAAUUGCGGCUUGUGACGAAGCUCCUCUUCAAGCUGUCUGAGAACAGCACACUGCUGGAGAUCCUCCUCAACUGCAGGGCGGACCGGUGGUUGAUGUCCAUGUUGCGCCCUUCAAGCCCUAGAGAAACUCUGCUGCACUGCCUGGGUCUGCUGUCCAACCUCAGCCACCAUGAGCCACCAGGGGACGCCAUAGGUCCGCAGUAUAAUGAGGCCUCCAUGUAUGCCCUGCUCUACUCCAGGCCUACCCCGCUGCCCCAGGCUCUCCGGCCGCUCGCCCAGCACAGUGACCCCAGGGUGAGUGCCUCUGCUGGGCAUAUGCUCUCCAGGCUUACCUUGCCCAGACCUCCCCCACAAAGGAGUUGGGCCAGCUCCCCCGCUUGGCAGCCACGCAGUGUGCUGCACACCUCCCCCCUCGCCCCACGUAGGCUGUGGCCUGACUCCCCCAUCCUCCCCAGUAGACUGAGGCCUGACUCCCCCAUCCUCCCCAGUAGACUGAGGCCUGACUCCCAACUGUAGAAGUGGUCUCCCGGGGAUGAGGCUGAGCUCUUUCAGUGAAACAGGGAUGAGGGACCCUUAGGGACAACACAUUCACAGUACCCUUCAUCCAUCUCUCUGGAGCCAAUCCGCCAUAGAGGAAAAUAACCCACGUCCAAGAGUCUCCAUUUUACCACAGGGAGGUGUUUUUGAAGGCCAAGACACAAACACAACAUAUAAUGUAGCAUAGUAGUUGACAGAGAAAUUACAGUUUGGAAAAUGGGGAUUUGAAUUAAUUAAAGGGUGAAGAGGCGUGAAAUGAGUCUGUACUAAUUCUGAGUAGCAUCGCUCUCUAUACUGUCAGGACGCACACACAAAAAAACAAGGACAACUUUUUCUCCCCCUUCUGGCGUGAAGUGUGAUUGGGUUUGUUCAAUGCCUUUGCUUUUUAUUGAAAUGUACAUCCAUAGCGAUUCCCUCUGGAACAUGACAGUGAUGUGGAUGAAUUACAUUUGACUAU